CCUAUAUAUAUACUUGUAUAUUUUUGUUAUUCUCUCAUUCCUUGCUCUCUAAAUUCGUGUGAAUAUCAAUGAAUGUCUGGAUCGUCUGAACCACCCAAGUACACCAAAACGCCCCUCCACGUCAUUCAAGCACGAAUUGAAAAGCUUAAGAAAAACUCGGAUCUCUUUGACAUCCAAGUUACCACUCCACUUCAAUUUCGUGAGCUUCAAUUAGAUAGUGAAGGGAAUAGAGUAGAGGGAGGAUCAGAAGCUUCUGACACUUCAGUUGUUCCAUCACCACACCAAACGCCACCUCCAUCACCUCGUGCACUUUUAGUCGUUCCACCACCACCACCACCAAUGGCUCUCACCAUAAGGCAACUCUCUACAUCCGUCAUCCCACCUGGGGGAGUGCCAACCUGCAUAACCUACCCUGCUGCAGCUGAGGGAUUAACAGCUGAUUUUGAGUUGAAGUCUGGGUUGCUUCAUCGUCUUCCUACAUUCCAUGGACUCCCUAUGGAAGAUCCCAACAACCACUUGAUGGAAUUUCAGUUCAUCUGCACUAGCAUGAAGCCUCAAGGAGCUGAUGAGCAUAUUUUGAAGUUGAAGGCCUUCCCAUUUUCGUUGGCUGACAAGGCAAAGCAGUGGCUUUAUGAGUUGCCUAGUGGACGAAUUACUUCUUGGGGAGACAUGAUGAAGGCGUUUCUUGAGAAGUAUUUUCCUACAUCUCGCAUCAUCAUGUUAAGGAAAAAGAUAAGUGGCAUCCAACAAGGGCAGGAUGAGUCCUACGCAGAAUACUAUGAAAGGUUCAAGUCUCUCAUCACUCAAUGCCCUCAACAUGGCAUGAAGGAGGAGACCUUGCUCACUUGCUUUUAUGAUGGUCUCACACCAUUGGAAAGAGAUAUGCUAGAUGCAGCUUCUGGUGGAUCUUUUGUUGACAAGGAGCCUGCGGCUGGAAUGAUCCUUAUUGAGAAUAGGGCCUUGAAUCAACAACAAUUUGGAAGCUCUAGGCCCAAAUCCACCACCACACGUGAAAGGGUCCAUGAGGUCAAACUAAUCAUGGGAACCAAAUCAACGCCAUAUCCACAGAUGUAGCUGAGAUGAAGAAGCAAAUGAGUCAAGUGGUGGAGUUCAUGGGUAAGUUUCAUGAGCAAGGUAAGUUACCAAGUGGCACCAUCCCAAAUCCUCACU